AUGAAGCAUUUUCUGAGAGUGGUGACCCAGUUCUUCGUGUUCCUCUACUGUAAAUUUCUGUGGCGAGGCCUUAAGUUCAUUGUCAGGAAGUUCACGGGGCGCUGCGAGCUGCAGCGAAUCUGCUACAACAACAAGCACGGAGCCCGCAGGACCCUCAAGAUAGAGUCAUCUCUGAGAUAUUCCAAGAAUGAGCUGCUGCAGUCUGCUCUCAGCGUCCAUCCUGAUAAAGUGGAGAAGACCAUUGACGACAUCAUGGCCCUGAAGAAGAUCAACCCUGACACCAACCCUCAGUUGGGCAUCUCCCUGCAGGCCAGUCUGCUGCAGAUUGUGGGCUACAGGAGUUUGGUGGCCGAGGUGGAGAAGCUGCGCAGGGAGCCAUACGACUGCGACAACUCUGAACACGAGGAAAUGCUCAUUAAGUUAUGGAAGGAGCUGCGUCCUGACACUCCUCUCACCGGCCGGAUCUCCAAACAGUGGUGUGAGAUCGGUUUCCAAGGCAGCGAUCCCAAGACUGACUUCAGAGGAAUGGGCCUGCUGGGCCUGCACAACCUGCUGUAUUUUGCAGAACAUGACAAGGCCACUGCUCUGCAGAUGCUCCACGACUCCCUUCAACCAAAGCACAAUGAAGUGAACAAGCCUGAAUGGGAACAGAAGAACCUGGACAAAGCCAUUGGCUAUUCUUUUGCCAUCGUGGGCAUCAACAUCACAGACCUGGCCUAUUCUCUGCUGGUGAGUGGAGCUCUGAAGACUCAUCUGUACAACGUGGCCCCAGAGAUGCCCAGUUUGCUGCACUUCCAGCAAACCUUCUGUUACCUGAUGCAGGAGUUCCACCGCUUCUGGAUCGAGGAGGAUCCCAGCGACAUCAUGGAGUUCAACCGGGUUCGCUCCAAGUUCCACCGGAGGAUCCUGCGACAGCUGAAGAACCCAGACAUGGCUCUGUGCCCCCACUUCUCCGCCUCUGACCUCCACCUGGUCAACCUCUAA